CGCUAGCUAGGAAGGAAGGCGAGCGGGCGAGCGAGGGAGGAAGAAAGAAAGGCGUAGCAUCGGAAAGCCGAGCGGUGCUGCUUCUCUUUCCUGCCCCUCGCAUCAGAAAGGGGCGGGGAGUGACUGGAUUGUAGGGCUGGGCGGAGGCGGCCGCGAGCCCAGGCGCUGCCGCUGCUGCUGCUCCUAGGCAUGAAGAGGAUGGUGGCCUGCUUGCGAUAAAGCGAAGCGGAAAAGGGGCUGGGAGAGACUAAAAGGGGGGGCGCCCUCCUUUCAGGGUGGGGCCCCCGAUCUUUACACUCUGCUUUUCUUCUCUUCGCUGAGAGGACGAAACGGAGCAGAGAAAAGAAAAGGAAGAGAAACCAGAGGAGGAGAAAGUCGAUCCGAUAGGGAGGAAAAGCUAACAGCUAACAACCAUGUCAGGGCGCCCGAGAACCACCUCCUUUGCAGAAAGCUGCAAACCGGUGCAGCAGCCUUCAGCCUUUGGCAGCAUGAAAGUUAGCAGAGACAAAGAUGGCAGCAAAGUGACUACAGUAGUAGCAACUCCCGGACAAGGUCCAGAUAGGCCUCAAGAAGUUAGUUAUACAGACACUAAAGUGAUCGGGAAUGGAUCUUUUGGUGUUGUUUAUCAAGCCAAACUCUGUGACUCAGGAGAGCUGGUUGCCAUUAAAAAAGUUCUGCAAGACAAGAGAUUUAAGAAUCGAGAGCUUCAAAUCAUGAGAAAGCUUGAUCAUUGUAACAUUGUCAGAUUACGUUAUUUCUUUUACUCCAGUGGAGAGAAGAAAGAUGAGGUAUAUCUUAAUUUGGUGUUGGACUAUGUUCCUGAGACAGUAUACAGAGUGGCAAGGCAUUAUAGUAGAGCCAAACAGACACUCCCUAUGAUAUUUGUGAAGUUGUAUAUGUACCAAUUAUUCCGAAGUUUAGCCUAUAUCCAUUCCUUUGGGAUAUGUCAUCGGGAUAUAAAACCACAGAAUCUUUUGUUGGACCCUGACACAGCUGUUCUAAAACUUUGUGAUUUUGGAAGUGCAAAGCAGCUAGUUCGUGGAGAGCCUAAUGUCUCUUACAUCUGCUCUCGAUAUUACAGAGCACCGGAGUUAAUUUUUGGAGCCACAGAUUAUACUUCUAGUAUAGAUGUUUGGUCGGCAGGUUGUGUGUUGGCAGAAUUAUUAUUAGGACAGCCAAUUUUCCCAGGAGAUAGUGGUGUGGAUCAGUUGGUGGAAAUAAUUAAGGUCCUUGGAACUCCCACAAGAGAACAAAUUAGAGAAAUGAAUCCAAACUAUACAGAAUUUAAAUUUCCUCAGAUUAAAGCACAUCCAUGGACUAAGGUCUAUAAAGCAAUUGCCGCUCUUGGAAUGAAAGAAUUAGGAGAACAGCUGAGAGUGCCUCAUCACUCUCCUGGCUUAAGUUAUAAGGUCUUCCGACCCCGCACUCCACCAGAAGCAAUAGCUCUAUGUAGCCGUCUGUUGGAAUAUACCCCAACUGCCCGCCUGACUCCACUGGAAGCAUGUGCACAUUCUUUCUUUGAUGAAUUACGGGACCCAAACAUCAAAUUGCCAAGUGGUCGAGAGAAACCUGCACUCUUUAACUUCACUACUCAAGAAUUGUCAAGCAAUCCAUCUCUGGCUUCAAUCCUCAUACCUGCUCAUGCUCGAAAUCAAGCCGCUGUUUCAACUCCUACCAAUACUACAGCAGCCUCAGAUGCCAGUGCAGGUGAUCGAGUUCAGACCAAUAAUGUAGCUUCAACAUCAGCUUCCAACUCCACCUGAACUGAUCUCAAGCAGCAGCUUGUACAGGAACAAUCACCAGUAAUUUUGAGUCUUACUCAGCAAUACUGGUCAUAUUUGGAAAGAAAAUGUAAAAAGAAGGGGAAAAACUGUUCAUUAUAGUGUUGGAUUUUUAAAAAUUGUUGUUCUUAUUUAACCUUGUAAAAAACCAGUUUCAUUGUAUGCUCACUCUGCAGGCUUUUUGGGGCAGGGGAAUAAGUGGGGUGAGAAAAGAGAAAUGGAUUAUUAGAACACCAAUUUCUCUUCCCAUGACAAUCUUCUAAUUUCAGAUAAUUGCUGUUGUGUACUUUAGAAUCAGGAAUCUUAUCUGACGCCCUCCAACAAUCACCGUCAUCACCAGAAAAAAGGAAAAAGAAACCCCUCAUUCUGCUGAAGCCUUGUAUUUUUAAGUGAUGUUUCAAUUUUUGGUGUAGUGCACAACUUGAAUUUGGUUAGGAGUUUAACAAGUUGCUCAUCUUGAGUAUUAUUUGCUGGAAUUAAAUGUCUUCGUGUUAGGUGAGGAAGAAGAACAAGAUGAAGUGCUACAAUAUGCUGAGUUGCCAAAGGAAACUAUGAAGGAGGAGGGAAGUUACAGUGUGGGGAAAAAAGCUUGAAAUAAUAAGGAACAAAUCACCUUAAAUUUCAUUUGCCUCUGAAGAAUUCUGCAGACAUACACUAUUGGCUUGAAUGUACCUAUCCCAAUGUUUUAGGAGUUGGAUAUUUAAAAAAUCUGGAAAGCAUAGAAGAAAGCAUGACUAAUCAUAUCCACACCUCAGUAGAUGAGAGUAGAUGUGCAUAUCCCCCCAUGUGCAAAAAAUAGAAAAAUCUUCCUGCAUUCUGUUCAUUCAUUUUGAUUCUAAUUUCUUUCUUGAAGAAGAACACUGAGGAAAAGAUGCAAGGAUAUGUGAAUGGACAUACUAUUUUCAUAGCAUACAGUGUUUUUAAGUUGUUAGAUUUAUUUAACAAGUAGAUUUAAAUCCUGGUUUAUAUUUAAAUUCACCUUUUUCAGCCUCUUCUUUUCUAACCUUUGUUUACUGGUUUUCAGAAGUUGCUUUUGUCACAAUGGAGAAUAUUAAAUCUCUAGACAAAUAGAUUACUUGCUCCAGGUGUCAAGUAAGUGUAUGUGUGUGUGUGUGUGUGUGUGUGUGUGUGUGUGUGUGUAUUGUGUUAUACAUGUACACACAAGCAUUCAUGCAUAUACAUAGCGCUGCCUUUUAUUUUUUACAUCCAGAAGCAGAAAUGCCUGUUUCCUAUGUCUUUGUUCUGGACAAUUAAAUUGUGGCCAAAGGUCUCUGUGACAUGAAAGCAAUAUGCCUUGAAACAGUUUGAGAAAGAAUGUCAUUACUAAUGCAUGAAUGUCAUUGCUAAUGCAUGGAUUCUUGUGACUAGCUUCCUCUUUGAUUUGAUAGCUGUACUUAUUUAGCUUUACAUCAGAUUCACGUUACCUUGCAAUAUCUUUCAUUGGUGAACCUUUUGAAAUUAGAAUUGGACCAAGGAGAGCAAGUAGUUUAUAUUCAUUUGUUAGGUGUGAAGUCAUUGAGAGAAGAGAAGUAGGGUCUCAAAUGGAGAAUGGGGCAUGCUCAGAAAAGAGUAGUGGCUUCUCUAAAAAAAAUCAGAUGACUUUAAAGACCACACAAAUCAUAACUUAAACUAUUUUUAAGAGCCACGAGUCAGGAAGCUAUCUUUCGAAAACUAAAGCUGACUAGAAAAGAAUCCAUAAUGGAUGGGAGGCCUGGAAGACUUUCUUGCUGAAAUGGCUUGAGCCCACCGGCAUCUUCUAUGUUGAAUGUGCGGACAUCAUAGUCAAAGCUUAGUUUUGUGGUCUGAGUUCAGAAAGAGGAGAUCUUAGGAGGUUUUGUAUUAUUUUCAUUGGUUUAAAUAAUAGGAGAGAAUAAUUAAAAGCUUUAACACUUUUUUUUAGUGUGUGUGUGUGUGUGUGUGUGUGUGUGUGUGUGUGUAAAAACUAGGAUCCUGAUUUUUUUCCCCUAAGGAUCAUGGCAGAACUGCAAGCAAAAUUUUAUAUAAAUCUAGAUCCAGGUGUUUCAGUAUCAUUUUUUGUAAAUAAACUGACAAAAGCUCCUCACCAAAUUCAAGUUUGUACAUUAGUUCUUAAACUUUUAAGUUGUAUUGCUUUAUAUGUAAAUACGUGGACACAGGAACUGUUAUUAAUGAACAAAUGUUACCAUUCAGGGCAGUUAAUUUGUUUUAAUAAUCAGACAAAAUGUAGACAAGCUUUUUAAAGCCAUAUAAUUCUAACUAUGUACAGUAGAUAACUGGCCUGUAUUAUUGUAACAAUAACUCUAGCAAUGUAUAGUGUAUCUAUAUAGUUUGGAGUGCCUUUGCUUCCAUGAUUUUUUUUCUUCCUUUUUGUAACAGAUGCCUCAUAUGUGCAGAUACGCUUUCCUUUUUUCAACCAUUUCAUGGUCAGUAGCAGCAUUAAAAGAAAAUGCGUCCAAACAUCAUGGCUGUGCUCGUCCUGCUGAAUCGAUAGCAACGAGUUAUGGCUCAGCAGCAUCAGAAUAGCCACCAUUUUCCCAGUAUUUUUGCUCACUUAUUUAAACAUAUCCCCACGGUAACCGGUUUCAUUAUAUCGAUAACACCUUGGUAUCUAAAAUGACAGGUUUAUCUUUUACAGAUUCUUGCCCAAUAUGUUCUUCAGUAGGUCUUGUUGGAUCACUGCUGCUUAGAGUUUUUACUUGGCCAUGUUGUUCAUUCAGAGACAGAAUUGGAGAUUGUAAAAUAAGUAAGCAACUGUAACUGGGGAGGGAAGAACUGGGAUCACAUAUAUACAUCUGUAUAUUUUAGAUCUAAAAAUCUUGCAAGCCUUUUUUGACAGAAAGUGGUGGUAUUAAGUGUCUAUUAACAUAGAUUAGCACCUCCAUUCUCAUUUACUUGCCAAUUUUUUUAUGAACGUUAAUUUUUGUGCUCAGCACAAGGGCCUUGAUUUUAAAACUCUGCUCAUAUAUAUUCAACUUGUUAAUAUUCUACAUGAGGUUUUUUUUUAAUGGCAAAAUGCUGAACUUUUUAUCAAACCAAAGGUUGCUUUUUUAAAAGCUUUUUGUAACCAUCUUCUGUUCAUUCCAGUAAGACAGAGGAUGCCAUUUUUCUGGUGACAUAAAGGUCAGUGAAAGUAUUUUGUUUCUGACAGUCCACUCGGAAUUUAAAUUUUAUUUGUUUUAAAUGAAGUACCGUAUAGUCUCUCAAUCUAUCCUUAGUCUGUGUUGCAGUUGUGCAUAAUCCUAAAAUGGCAUUAAUGACUGUGUGUCUUUGACUGAAAAUCAGGAAAAAGGCACUAGUAAUCUUAAUUUUGAAGUAUGUCCUUUCAAACAAUGUUAUGGAUUUUUAAAAAUAGAUUAUUUUAAAGUCAUCUAGCUGGUGCUUGAACAAGCUUCCUUCUGUGAAUAAGCCAAGAAAUAGUUGAUGUCUGUAAUUAGUGUUAAUUUGAAACAAUCCUAAAUUAAAAAUGUUAUCAGCAUUUUUCUCCAUUAAAUACCUUCACCUCUAGAGAUCAAAGCCAGUAAUAAAAAGCACAGUUUGUUGUCUAGCCCAGGACUGAUAUUUUUCAAAUGUGCUCAUCAGAACUCCUUUUAAUUCCUAAUAUUUCUACAGGAACUAAUUCCUUGUUUCAUUUUGCAACAAGGCAAUAAAAGCAAAAUGACUGGUACCUAAAGGGUUAGCUUGAGAUAUGUCUCUUCCUAGUGUUGUUUGUUCUUGGUUUUUUGAGAAAAAACCACAAAAAACCAUUUAUAUAUAUAAAUAAUAAUGCUUGCUUGUAAAAUUUGCAUUUGUUACUAUGUUGCUGAUCACUUGGGCUUGUACACACAAUUAACGUGAUCACUUUCAUCUUAAAAGCAGAGUUCUAAAUAUAUAUAUAAUGGACUGUGGGUUGUAUACAAACUAUUGCAUACACACGCAAAGCUGUCUUGAUUCAAAGAAGCAAAACAUGUAUAACGUUAUUACUACUUGAAUGCCUCUGUGACUGAUUACUUUUUCAUUUUAAGUAUAAACUUUUUGUGGUAUGUAUGCUUAAUGUUCAUUAUUUUAUCUCCUCCCUUCGGCUCCUUUGUAAAUACAUUAUGUUCUGUGUGACUUGGUUCAGAAAUAGUUAACUGGUACUGUAAUUUGCAUUAAAUAAAAUGUAGGUUAGCCUGGUCAUGAAAUUUAAAAA